GAUUAAGCCACCGGUUCUUCACCCAUUCUGGGUAAAGCUCCGUGUUUUCGGUGGAGCGUCCCACAUCCUGACACCCUAAGGGAAGGGGUCUGGAAGCAGGGUUCUUUCAUUCCUCCCACUCUAGCCUUCAGGACGCAGGCGAGCGAGCGAGCGAGCGUGCAGCCCCUGGGAAUGACCGUCGCAGCAGCGGCGUCUGUGCUGUUUGUCUAGCCAUCAGGCAGGCAAGAAGCAGUGCGCGCGCGAUCUGCCAGCUAAUGCGGCUGGCUCGCUGAUCCCUCACACUCAAGUCUGGAUCACGGGAUGUCCCCUUGUCCCUGCAGUCAGCGCACACGGGUCGGAGCGCAGGUAAAGGGUUACGCGUGGCUGGGAGGCUCGCCCGCUGCCCGCCCACGUGACGCGCUGGCCCAAUGACCACGGCUCGGCUCCGGCUGCGGUGCGGCGGGCUCCGAGCGGCACUGACCCACUCGCGUGUCCCAGCGCGGACACCCGAGGCCCGCGAAGCCAUGGACACCCCGACCCUGGAGACGACGCCCCACCGCAGGAAGAGAAGUUAAACACCCAGAGAGGCCUAAUGGACAAGCUCCCCAGCAGAUGGUAACAAAAAUUAAUCCAGAUGGGGUGCAGGUGUUGUAAGAUGAUACACAGCUAUCUCUUUGAUCCAGUCCAAGUGCCCUCUCCUGGCUUUGUCAACGAGGUAAACAACUGCAAGUUGGAUGAGGAUGACACUCUCAGACUAAAAGGCACCCAAAACAGCGAGGCUGAAGUGCCCAGGAAUGCCCUGCAUGGUGGGAGCCUGACCAAGACACAGAACAGAGACAGUACAGCUGGUCUACCUCACCAAGGACAGCUCCCUCGGGAGGACUUGGAGAAGCAUGGUAUUGUCAAUGGUAUCAGCCCCAAGGCCUCUCUGCAUUUGGUCAGGAGUCCCAACCCCCACCAGGUUGACAGGAGUUCCUGGGCCAGCAGCCCCUGGGCAGGCACCACAGACAGCACACACCAAGCUCAACCCUUCCUUGAAGAGGACUGCAGGAAGCAAAGCUGCGUGGUACCCGCUGCAGGGGAGACCCAAAUAGUAGCACAUGGAGACGGCCGAGGCCCCGCUGAGGUCUUGGAAGUGGCGGACGACGUCCUACACAUACCAGUCCCGGAUUACCCCCAUCUCUGGAGCCCCACAGUAGACAGUGCAGACCCUGCGGAAAAGGAUUCUCUUUUUAAGAACCACCCUGGGGUGGAGCCCCUGCCGGGAAUUCACCCGGGCACGAAUGAGCAGGGGCUGAGCCUGCCCUUCUCCCUCAAGAGAAGCUGGGACUCGCUGAAUGAGGCAGUGACAACGGAAGUUCUGAAUGUCUACUUUAAAGAGGAGGGUCCCCCUCACCCUACGCCAGUGACCGAUUCUAAAAAUGAGCAGGAAGUCCCCCACACCUACAAUGGAGACAGGGAUGGGGUGGUGACAGAUGAGGACGCAGAGGUGGCCGAAGCCCUGGCAGCAUUAGAAGCUGCUACUGCAGGAGAAGAUGCAGAUGAGGCCGAUUAGAGGAGGGGCUGGGUGAAGGCUGGGCGGGGCGAGCGAGGCGGGUGGGCUGCAGUCACGCUGAGCAGAGAGAGAAGUGAAUGGCCGCGGCGCUAACCACUCUGCAGGCAUGCCCAGGCAGCCUUGCCAGCUGUGUCACGUGUUUACAUCUGUUCUCUUCCCAUUGCCAGUACCUGUGCCAAGCUGCUUGUUGUAAACGGCAUUCCUCUGUGUAGCUGGACUCUGAUUCAGAAUGCUAGGAUUAAAGUUUAAGAGUGGACCUUCACGCCCAUGUCCACAACAAAUGCAGAAGCUAAGCAGCUUGCUUGCUGGCCCUGGACGCUCCCCCAGAACAUCUGUCCAGAUGUGCAUGAGAAUGCCCCCCCACACCUGACCCCAGGGGCACACAAACAUGGGCCGUGCUGUUUGAAUAUAUUUCUUUACCUUGUUUUUGAAAGCCAAAUACUUCACCCAAGCUAGAAAGGGUGACUAUCCACUUAAAGUGCCUACUGUGCGCCAGAGCUUAACUUCAGGGACAGUCACCCAGGGAACUACUAACUAACCACUUGUGGGACAUCAGGUUCAGCUCUGUGGCCACCAGGGUGGAGAAGAUGUGACCAGUGAACAAGGGGUUAGUCCUCAGCUGUGCUAUUAAAACACCCAGACCUUAACUGUUUUUUUUUACACUAUUACUUUUUAAUCCCAUUUGGGAUAUGGGGGGCUGGCCAAAAUCCUUCUUAAAAUGUGUGUCAUGUUUUCGUUUCAAGUUCAUGAGUGUUUGGGAACAGCAAAGCCAUUUAUGGAGGGGUUUCUGUCAUUAAAUGUCUGGUUCUCAUUAAAGUGUCAUAGCA